AUUCUCAUUAAACUGUGUUUGUUUUGUUUUAUGAAACACAUUUGUUAUUUUGUUAUAAAUAAUCAUUCAAUUAUGACUAAAUACUUUAAAAGCCCGACAUUUCCACAAAGUGAACAAAGCAGUGUAAAGUGGGCGAACACUACUACUAACCGUUUAAAACAGCACCAAAAUGAGACCGUGUCACAAACAGCAAAACCCGUGCACAAGAUUGAAGGAAUGUUAAAGAACAAGCUGCUGAUUAAUUAUCGUUUGCGUAAGGCGGUCGAUAACAGCACAAUCAAUGGUAUGAAGUAUCUCGGGACGCGUUGUAAUACCUAUGGCAGGUUAGCAAGCCAAAGCAAAAAAAAAAAUUAAGACCUCGUGUGAGAAAGAUUUUCCUUUUUCCUUUUUUUCCUUUCUUCCAUUCUUCUAAGGGUAGAAGCUUUUGGGUGCUGGUGUUGUGUGGAUCAUUCGCUUCCAUGAUCUUGAUAUUGCUGUUCACGAUAGAUACGUACGAUGAUACGAUCAGUGUCAAUCCGGACACGUCCUAUCUUCGCUGGAACAGCACCUUUCCGGCCAUCUCGCUAUGCUAUGCGAAGGGCCGCACGAAUCAAAUUUCUGCCUUUCUCAAAGAGCACUGGCAAAGCACUAACUUUACGCCCGCGAAAAGGUGUGGGUCCAUUUGUGCCGAUUUAUUCAUUUCCAGUACGAAUUAUUUGUGGCCAAAGAUGGCCCAAACGUACUUGUUCCUAAGUCCGAAUAGUAAUCUCGAUGAGGACAUAACAGCGAUCUGUGCGGGGCUUAACAAUACGUGCAAUCUUAAUCUAAAAGUGAUGAAAAAUAGAUUUCUUCCUUCCAAUUGCAAUGAAGUAUUAUUUGAUGUGAAAUUCGUAGGGAAAUCAUAUGAUUGUAAUCGUAUAUUUCGAUACACUCUGACCGAGAUGGGAAAUUGUUUUACUGCUAAUAGCAUAUUCGAUCAGUAAGUUCACUAAUUGUUUGCUUCGCGUUAAAAUUAAACUACCAAUUUUGAUUCCUUUCCAGUGAGCUAACGUUUGAUCAUUUGCCGUUAAAAUUUAACGUCUGGACACGUAAACGAAGUUUGGAGUUUCGCUAUCGAAACCUCGACACGAUCAACUACAUGGUGAUAAAGUUUGCAAAGUAAAUGUUGGCCACCUAAAAGUCAAAUAUAUCGCUUUGCCACGUUUUUCCUUCUCCAGAUGUACAUCCACAGCCCAGAAGAUUAUCCUAACUUUGUGGAACCAUUUUAUGCACUGAGGAAAUCUGGCUUCGUGUCACAUUUUAUGCUACAGGUAGUGUUUAAAGCUUAGGCGCUUUCAAACAAAAAAAAUUGAAUGCUUUGGAUGAACCUUUCCAUUUGCUGUACUUUAGAUUACCGAAACAGUCAACCAACCGGAGGUGAAGGAUGAAUCGAUUGAUAAGCGUAAGUGUAAAUUUCCAGAGGAACGACUAUCGCCCGUACUGGCGUACAGUUUUUCCCAGUGUUUUCUUUACAAUCGCAUCAAGCUCGAGCUAAAGUUGUGCAACUGUACGAUUCCAACAUCAC